GCUGGGAGUUUAAGGAGAAAGAGCCAUCUCUAUUAAAAAUGCCCGUUUAUGAAGCGCUUUUUAUUCUUAGACCAGAUAAUAUGGGACGCUUGAGGGGUUUUUUACAUCAAACGGCGAAUGCUAUUAUAGCGGAUGGAGGGACAGUUUUGAAAAUCUUUAACUUGGGCAAGCGUACAAUACCCCACAUAGCCAAGCGCCAUUUAGAAAAAUUUGAAACGGGAGCAUACAUGAGCCUGGAGUUUUUUUAUCCCGCUCACAAGAUAAACUCGUUCCGUUCAAGCGUGAACAGAAAUACAACAGUCAUAAGAGCGACGAUCUCAAAAGUGGCCGAAUUUCCGGGAAUGACAAGUAUGAAAGAAAAGUCGAAAGAAGUUAUUAAGUGUAUAGAGAAGUCUUCGAAACUAAGGAACAUCCUUGCUGUAGAAGAGGUCAUGAUAAGCGAUUUGGAGGCGGAAAGCAUCUUUAAGAAGUUUAUUUGA